AAAGUUCUGCGCCGAGAGUAGAGCCUGGCGGCGCAAGCUCGUACGGCGGCCGCAGCGGUGGGGCGGAGCAGCAGAGGAGCGGGUGGCAGCGGAGAAAGCCCCCGAGAAGGCCACCUCAUUCCCCUCGGUGUCUCGCGGGGACCUUAGAAAGGUCUCGGGUGCUCGAGGACUUUUGCACGCAGCCAUGGGCGGUGUCGGGGAGCCCGGCGGGGGACCGGGGCCGCGCGAGGGGCCCGCGCAGCUUGCGGCGCCGCUGCCCACUUUCUGCUGGGAGCAGAUCCGCCCGCACAACCUGCCGGGCGACAAGUGGCUGGUCAUCGAGCGCCGCGUCUACGACAUCAGCCGCUGGGCACAGCGGCACCCGGGGGGCAGCCGCCUCAUCGGCCACCACGGCGCUGAGGACGCCACGGAUGCCUUCCACGCCUUCCACCAGGACCUCAAUUUUGUACGCAAGUUCCUGCAGCCACUGCUGAUUGGAGAGCUGGCCCCGGAGGAGCCCAGCCAGGAUGGACCCCAGGAUGCCCAGCUGGUCGAGGACUUCCGCGCCCUGCGCCAGGCAGCCGAAGACAUGAAGCUGUUCGAGGCCAAGCCCACCUUCUUCGCUCUUCUGCUGGGCCACAUCCUGGCCAUGGAGGUGCUCGCCUGGCUCAUCAUCUACCUCUUCGGCCCCGGCUGGGUGCCCAGCACCCUCGCUGCCCUCAUCCUGGCCAUCUCCCAGGCUCAGAGCUGGUGUCUGCAACAUGACCUGGGCCACACCUCUGUCUUCAGGAAGUCCUGGUGGAACCACAUGGCCCAGCAGUUUGUGAUGGGACAGCUAAAGGGCUUCUCCGCCCACUGGUGGAACUUCCGCCAUUUCCAGCACCACGCCAAGCCCAACAUUUUCCACAAAGACCCAGAUGUGACUGUGGCACCCGUCUUCCUCCUGGGGGAGUCGUCCAUUGAGUAUGGCAGGAAGAAACGCAGAUACCUACCCUACAAUCACCAGCAUCUGUACUUCUUCCUGAUCGGCCCACCGCUGCUCACCCUGGUGAACUUUGAGGUGGAAAAUCUGGCGUACAUGCUGGUGUGCAUGCAGUGGAUGGACUUGCUGUGGGCUGCCAGCUUCUACUCCCGCUUCUUCUUGUCCUAUAUUCCUUUCUAUGGCCUUACUGGGGCACUGCUCCUCUUUGUGGCUGUCAGGGUCCUAGAGAGCCACUGGUUCGUGUGGAUCACACAGAUGAACCAUAUCCCCAAGGAGAUCGGCCACGAGAAGCACCGGGAUUGGGCCAGCUCUCAGCUGGCAGCCACCUGCAAUGUGGAGACUUCACUCUUCAUCGAUUGGUUCAGCGGGCACCUCAACUUCCAGAUUGAGCACCACCUCUUCCCCACAAUGCCCAGGCACAACUACCAUCGGGUGGCACCGCUGGUCAAGACGCUAUGUGCCAAGCACGGCCUGAACUAUGAGGUGAAGCCCUUCCUCACUGCCCUAGUGGACAUCAUUGGGUCCCUGAAGAAGUCUGGCGACGUCUGGCUGGACGCCUACCUCCACCAGUAAAGGCAGCACCCAGGGCCCCAGCAGCCACCAAGCUGGCUCAGGCAGGCUCAACAACCCGUCACGCCGACCCGGGCCUGGGGGCCCCGCCUGCCCUUCUGGUCCUGCCGUCUUCCCCUCAGCCCCCUUGCCUGUAUCAGCAGCCCUGCGACUGCAGCUUUUGGCCCAACCUGACAAGGGCUAGGAGGAGGGUACAUAAAGCAGCAUAGUGAUCAUGGCAUGUUUUCCUGGGGCAAAAAUUUAGGGAAAACUGUUAUUUUUAUAUAAAAAUAAACCUAGAGAUAUUAUA